AUGCUGUCUCUCGCGUCCGCCGUCGCGCGCGCGCCGUCGCGGUCGCGCGCGCCGCGAGGUCGAAGCGAAACGACGAAAGCGAACGCGGCGAAACGAACGCCGCGCGGUCUGUGCGUGGCGCGCGCGUUCGACGUCGCGGGGGCGAAGAUCUCGGGCGUCGGUAAGGCGAUACCGGAGAAAUUCCUGACGAACGACGAUCUGAGCGAACUCGUGGAGACGAACGACGAGUGGAUUGCGACGCGCACGGGCAUUCGCAAGCGACACGUGAUUACGGGGGAUGAAACGCUGACGAGCCUGGGGGCGCACGCGGCGAAACAAGCGCUUGAAAGAGCGAAUGUGAAAGCUGAGGAUUUGGAUUUGAUCAUUUUGGCCACGUCGAGCCCGGAUGAUAUAUUCGGAAGCGCGUGCACGAUUCAGGCGGCGAUUGGGGCAAAAAAUGCGUUGGCGUUUGAUUUGACGGCGGCGUGCAGUGGAUUCGUUAUUGGGUUGGUGAAUGGCGCGCAAUUUAUUCGAGCGGGGGGCUAUAAGAAUGUACUGGUGAUCGGAGGCGAUGUGUUGAGCCGAUACGUGGAUUGGCGCGAUCGAGGGACGUGCAUUCUCUUCGGCGACGGCGCCGGAGCGGCGGUGUUAACGGCAACGGAUGCGGCGAAUUGUUCGUUAAAAGGGUUCGACAUGCACUCAGACGGAAGCCAAAAUCAUCAUCUGGUAGCACAGUAUAUUGGUGAUAACGGUAAGCCGAUGAGCGAUGGUGCGUCGAAAACGGCGGCGUUUUGCAACAUCUCCAUGAGCGGUCAAGACGUCUUCAAAUUCGCCGUGCGCACGGUGCCGAUGACGGUGAACAAGUCGCUCGCGGCGGCCAGCAUGACCGCCGAAGACAUCGAUAAGUUAGUCUUGCACCAAGCCAACCAGCGUAUCAUAGACAGCGCGGCGCAAAGGUUUGGUUUGAGCGAAGACAAGGUAGUUAGUAACAUCGCCGAGUACGGCAACACCUCUGCAGGCUCCGUUCCGAUCGCCUUGUGCGAAGCCGUCGAGAGCGGCGCGAUCAAGGAGGACGACAUUAUCGCCUUCGCGGGGUUCGGCGCCGGUCUCACGUGGGCAAGCGCGAUUUGGAAGUUCUAA